AUGUUACCAAUGUCAUCUUCAAAUACUCAUACACAUAUUGAACCAAACUGGAAAACGUAUUACGAUGCAAAAAAGCUACUUCGUCAAACUGAACAACGUUUGAAAGAAACACGAGAUUAUUAUCCUCAUGUUCAUUUGAACAAUCACUAUGAGAAUAAUAGUGACAUGUCGAAUUUAUCUUCGUCAUCGUUUUUGCUCCACAAUGAACCAUCGGCAAUUCAUGCUGGUAAUCGAUCUAUGCUGAAUGACGAGAGAACGACGAAUAACAAACACCAAUUAUUGGAUUCAGAAGCUUUACUAACAAUUCGUAGGAAGAUUAGUAAACAAAAAAUUGCAGCAGAACGUCGUGCUGAACAGUUAUUUCAUUCACAAUCAGAUGCUGGUCAUAUGUUUGAAUCCUAUCGUCCUCAAAAUGGAUAUUCGACAUCAGCUAGUCUGCAGAACCUUCAUUAUUCUCCACAUCGUCAACAACGUUCAUCACCUACUAAACCACCACUUGCAUAUAAUUCUCACCUUUCACAAUCUCAAUCAUUCCCGUCGGAACUCGAUACGGUUCUUCAACCAUCGACAGCAGCCAGACUUGUACACCGAGAAAACGAUAUCGAUCGUUCAUCCUAUCAUCAACCAGCAGCACGCAGAACUACUCGCAUCACUCCAAAAGAGACAUAUUCAUUAGCGAAUGCACGAACAACUCAACCGAGAAGUGCAAGUGCAUCGAAUAGUCUACCGACAAAAUAUCAAGAUUUUCCUUCGAGUCAUUUCUUAACGUCAAGCGAUACUCAGCGAUUAAAACAUGUUCGUCGCGUUGAAUCUGCUCAUGUUCCAUCAAGUUCCGGAACGAAAUCUAAUAUGAUUACACCGGAUUCUUGGCGUACAGAUUCAAUCGCAGCGAAAAAGUCCUUGGUGACUACUACUACUACUACUCAAGUUGAAAGACAAUCAAAGAAGAAGCCAACCAAAGCAGAUAUGGAUGAUGCAUUUAACCAUAUUAACUCGAAUCUGAGAACAGAAAAAAUUAUCAAAGCGAAACGAGAUACAAGUGCUUCAAAACCAUCGAUCAUGGUCAGUGAAAGAACACCGUUGAAACCAGGAUCAUCUAAACCCAAAUCAGAUGAUGAUAAGAGAAAACUUCAAGAUUAUUUUCAACAAAAACGUCAACAUGACGAACUUUUCUCAAAUGAAAAACGUUACAAAGAUGAUCAGGAACGAAGUCGAAGGGACAAACUGAAAAGACUAAACGAACAACUCAAGGAAACUUCUCAUCAACAUCUACCCUCAUCUCAACCAAAGCGAUCAUCAGCAUUUACAUCUUUAACUGCUAAAGAAUUAACUGAACAAACACGUCAACGUCUACUUCGCGUUCUUGGACCAUCAGCGGAUUAUCAUACGAACAGUGCAUUAGAGCAUCCAUCCUAUUUUGAACGUUCAUUUUCAUCAUCAUCAUCGUCGUCGUCAUCAUCAUCAUCGUCAUCGGCGAAUGAAUCAGCCAUUGAUAUUGCACCAGCGAAAUCAAAUGAUCAACUAUCGUUGCGAUCGCGUUCAGAACCACCUGCUCAAAAUGGUGCAAUCAAUAACAAUGUACAACGUCAUGAAAAUUUACUUCGAUGGGCUGUUAAUUUAACAAAAGACUGUGAUAUUGUAGAGAAUCGAUUUAAAUACUUUCGACCUGAUAAUACUCAACCUUUUGACGUCAGUUCUACUACAUAUCAACAUCUGCAGCAGGAUGACGGUAAUUUACGGUAUCAUACGUCAUAUUAUGAAACAAAUAAUGUUCCGGAAACAACUAAAUCUUCAAAUGUAUCACGUUUACCUCGAGGCGUCAACUCCAAUCGUUCAACUGAUUACUCCUCUCAGCAAAUAUCUAAUGAACUAUUAUUAGAACGACGAAUCUAUCGUGAUCGUGCUGCUGCGAAGAUUCAAGCAGCAUAUCGCGGGUAUUCCGUGAGAAAAUCACUACCAUGGUUGAAUGACAAACAAGAAUAUUCUACUGAUGAACAUAAACAACGACCGAGCCGUUAUGGUGAAAGUGCAUCAAUUAACAUUAAUAUUCGUUUAACUAAUCAUCAUUUUCCUCUGGAUUCGACACUUCUACGUUAUCCUGAAAACCCACCGUUCAUUGAUCAACAACAACAACAAUCAACAAAGAAAAUAUCAACAGUACCAUUAUAUUCAGAUGAAUACGAUAAUGUACCUCAUGCAGCCACAUCAAAUCUGUCAACGCCGGUCAAUCAUAUACGACAUCCUAAUCAUGUAUCAAACUCAUCAUCGUCAACAACGCCCAUUCCAUCACCAGAACUUCGUGUGCCAACUCAAAAUGACCGUCGUAGGUCUUUAUCACCACCGUUACCACCACAAAUGUCUCCAGAUAAUGGUCGACCAUUGCAUCACUCGACUAAUCUGAACCAGGAGUCGACAGAAUCAGUUUCACAUGUACAUACAAAUCUUCCUGUUAGUAAUUUAUCACAACAGCAAAUACGAAAAUCCCCUGUUCGUCAAUCUUCAUCAUCAACAUCGAGUUCUACAAGUCGAAAACGGCGUUCACCAUCUCCUCAACCGCAAGCAUCGACAAGCACACAUGUUCGUCAUCGACCAGUGCAAACGUCUAGUCCACCGACAUCAUCAUCAGAAUCAAUUUUAACUGCACGCGAAAAACGUGUUCGACAAAAGUUCAAUAGCGAUAUCGAACUUCAAGCAUAUGAAAAACGUCUCAAAGAUAUCGAGAAAAAAAUACGUCAACUUGUCAAACGAGCAUUCGAAAUUUUCGAUGAAAAUCGAACAAUAUCAAGUCCGUUGGGAAGUGGACGUACAAAUAAGACUGAAGUUCGAUCAAAGUCAUUAAACCAUUCACAAGAUGAUUCAAGUAUCAGUGAUGGAAGUUCAAUCCAUCGACGCGAUAUCGAACCAGCAAAGAAAGAUAGCGAUACAUCAUCCAGUUCAGCUCAACAGAAACAACCAGACAUUGUAACAUCUGACGCAAGCGAUUUGGAAUGUCGCGUACGCGCCUAUCGCGAACAGUUGAAGGCCAAAAAACUCGAACUGGACAGAUUAAAACAGCGUAAAAACAAAGAAAUUCUUCGAAGACAAGAAGAUGAAUUAAAGAAACAAAUCGAAUCCUAUGAUCAUGAAAUUCAAACAUUACGCUUGCAACCAAUUCAACAAGAACAAACAGUACCUGUUCCAUCUUCGUCAUCAUCGUCUAGUUCUUCGAAAAAGAAAAGUGAAUCUCUCGAAAAACCAGUUGUUCAACAUCCUGAAAAUGAAAACAAAGAUUUUGGUGGAGAAACGCUAGAAACACCACGCGAUGAACGAGAUACUCAACACGAUGCCGUAUCAAUUUCGAAUACAAACGAUGUACCGUUUGAAAACAAAUCGGAUCAUGACAGUCGACGAUCAAGUAUCGACAAUGAUAAACUAAUACAGGACUUCAAUACGAAUCUUCAUAUACCAUCCAAAGAGAGCGAAGAUUCUAUAUCAUCAUCGUCUUCGAUAUCUUCAGCAACUAGUAACAAACCUGUCAAAUCUCAAUCACCGAAAGCUUCUUCAUCUUCGUCGCCAGCACCAUCGGAACGAAGUCAAUCAUCAUCAGUAUCACAACAAGACCGUGUUGAGUCACCUAUCCAACCACUGACAUCGGAAGCUAUUCGAUCUAUUUCUUCAACAUCACAAAAUCGUGUCAAAUCGCCUGCAACACCAGCGCGUUCGGAAACAAGUACACCAAGUUAUUCAUCUGCACAUGAACGUAUCGAAUCACCACCACCCCCAGCAACAUUUGAACCAAUUGUUCCAUCAACACAAGAUCGUAUCGAAUCUCUUUCACCACCGCCGUUAUCCGCUUCUGAAUCAAGUACAUCAUCGACGGAUAAACGCGUUAAAUCACCAAUACCACCGUUAGAACCAGUUAAAUCUGCUACAUCGUCAAUAUCCGAACAAAUCCCAGUAAAGAAUUCACUAUCCUCUUCAUCUUCAAGAUCUGAACAUAUCAAAUCACCUUGUCCACCUACCCAGGACAACGUUACAUCUGCUGCAUCUCUAAAACAAAAACGCAGUUCAGCUUUAACUAUCGAACGAACUCAAUCACUGAACAAUGAAUACGAUGAAGACUUUUCCGAAGCUACGCAUUCUCCGGUUGAAACAUCAGCGAAACUUCAAAUAGAAGACAUCGAUGUUGAAUCGAUUCAAGAAGAUAUCGAAGACAAACAUAUUCAUCAUGAUGACAAUCGCAGCUCAACAUCGAAAUCAACCGAAGAAGAACAAUCGGAAAUACUUGUCUUAGUGAAAAAAUCCGCUAAUACAACUCCAAGACAAGUUGAUGAACAUGCCCAAGAAGAUCAAUUACCUCCAUCAUCUCCACAGUUACAAAAAACCUUAUCGGAAGAUACUUCGCAUGAUCUCAGUGAUGUAGAUGAGAGUAAACAACAGAAAAAAUCAACAACGGAAGUUGAUCGUCUCACUGAAACAUUGAUAAAAACUUUCAUUGAUGAAGCAAUCAGUCAAGGAAAGGAAAUUGUCGCUCGAAAAAAUCAUGAUUCAUCGGUCAAAGACGAAACCGAAGGUGGAUCAGACGAAGACUUAUCUGAUGAAGCACACAAUAAAGAAGAGGAUGUCGAUAAUGUUAUCAAAAUAUUGGCAAUACAACAGGAAUUUCUUGAACAACUCGACGCAGCUGCUAAUGGAAACAAUGAACAAGAUGAUCUUAACCUUGAUCUGACGCCACUUGAAGAUAAAAAUACUGAUGAACCUCCAAUCAGCCCUUCGCCAAGAGUGUCCAUCGAAGAGCCGAUCAAACCAGUCGUUUCACAUACUCGUGAAGAAGUUACACAAUUAUGUCAUCAAGCUUUGAUGAUCCUUUACGAACAAAAUAUCGACUUUUCGGACAGAUCAACUAUUAAUCGAACAGUGCCUGACUCGUAUUUUGAAAACAAUCAAUCAGGUAAUGACAAUAUCGAUUUGGAAAACGAAGACAUUCGUCGAAGUCGUCAUGCUUAUUGUCAAAUGAUAUUUGAUUUAUGUGUUGAAUUGUUACAUGAAAUGUAUUCGCCAAACAUUCGCUUAUCGAGAUAUCCUGAAUGGCAAAGAACGAAGUUAGUUUCGAAGCGUUUCUAUCGAUUCAAUCCUCCGAAAAGUCGUACCGAAGCCGAGAAUUUCAUUCAGAAGAAAGUUUUAGAAAUCUUGAAUUUAACUCCUCGUCAAAUAAUUUAUUCGAAGUGGCGUUUACCAAUCGAACGGCGUCAUAUGCAGGAACAAUUCGAAGUCGUUCUCGACGAAGAAUUACGUCGAACGGAAAUUGAUUGGAUUGAUUAUGAAAGCGAUUCAAUCAGGAUCAAAUUCGAUGUGGCAGAAAACAUCUUCAAUCAAUUGUUGCAGGAGACUCUAACGGAAUGUUUCCAUGUUAUUCAUAAGAAACACUUUUUGAGCAGUAAUAGUACACGUCUUUGA